GCGGGCGGCCGCUCUAGCCGCCCCCGGGGAAGUCGCUGUCCUUACCUUCAGCCGGAGCCCGCGCCUCCGUGUCGACGGCCGCUGGCCCUGCGCUCCGUCCUGCUGCGACCCACUGCCUUCUUGCCGCCCGCCAUGGCCCUUCUGCACUCCGGCCGCGUCCUGUCCGGGGUCGCCGCCGCUUUCCAGCCGGGCCUCGCUGCUGCGGCUUCUGCCAGAGCCAGCUCCUGGUGGACCCAUGUGGAAAUGGGGCCCCCAGAUCCCAUCCUGGGAGUCACAGAAGCCUUUAAGAGAGACACCAACAGCAAAAAGAUGAAUCUGGGAGUUGGUGCCUACCGGGAUGAUAAUGGAAAGCCUUAUGUGCUCCCUAGUGUCCGGAAGGCAGAGGCCCAGAUUGCUGCAAAAAAUUUGGACAAAGAGUACCUGCCCAUCGCGGGACUUGCUGACUUUUGUAAGGCAUCUGCAGAGCUAGCCCUGGGUGAGAACAACGAAGUGUUGAAAAGUAGCCGGUAUGUCACCGUGCAGACCAUUUCUGGAACUGGGGCCUUGAGGAUCGGAGCCAGUUUUCUGCAAAGAUUUUUUAAGUUCAGCCGAGAUGUCUUUCUGCCCAAGCCGUCCUGGGGAAAUCACACGCCGAUCUUCAGGGAUGCUGGCAUGCAGCUGCAUGGUUACCGAUACUAUGAGCCCAAGACGUGCGGCUUUGAUUUCACAGGUGCUAUAGAGGACAUUUCGAAAAUGCCACAGCAAAGCGUUCUUCUCCUGCAUGCCUGUGCCCACAAUCCCACAGGAGUGGACCCCCGUCCUGAGCAGUGGAAGGAAAUAGCAACAGUGGUGAAGAAAAACAAUCUCUUUGCAUUCUUUGACAUGGCCUACCAAGGCUUUGCCAGUGGUGAUGGUAACAAGGAUGCCUGGGCCGUACGCCACUUCAUCGAACAGGGCAUUAAUGUUUGCCUCUGCCAAUCCUAUGCCAAGAACAUGGGCUUAUACGGUGAGCGUGUGGGAGCCUUCACUGUGGUCUGCAAAGAUGCUGAUGAAGCCAAAAGGGUGGAGUCACAGUUGAAGAUCUUGAUCCGUCCCAUGUAUUCCAACCCUCCAGUCAAUGGUGCCCGGAUUGCCACGACCAUCCUGACCAGCCCUGACCUGCGAAAACAAUGGUUGCAGGAAGUAAAAGGCAUGGCCGACCGCAUCAUUAGCAUGCGAACUCAGCUGGUCUCCAACCUCAAGAAGGAGGGCUCCUCUCACAACUGGCAGCACAUCACCGACCAGAUUGGCAUGUUCUGUUUCACAGGACUAACACCCGAGCAGGUGGAGAGGCUGACCAAGGAGUUCUCCAUCUACAUGACCAAGGACGGCCGCAUCUCUGUGGCAGGGGUCACCUCUGGCAACGUGGGCUACCUUGCCCAUGCGAUUCACCAGGUCACCAAGUAAUUUCCCUGGCGGGAGGAACCAGAGACAACCUUCCUGCCUAUGGCCCCUGCUGUUGUGAGAUUCACACGGAGAGAGAAGGAGGGUGGAUGGGGGUGAGCAGGUCCUUUCUUUCAACCACAGUACACAAUACUCAACCACUGAAUGUGUUUCACAGAAAAGAACAUGUAGUGAAAUAGGGCAGAGGCAUCCGUGGCAGGUGUCUGAAACUUUGUGGCUCAAAACCGAACUCCUGCUCAUCCUUUAACCUCAGCUAUUCCAAAAGAGUUUACAUGUACAAGAAAGACAUAGCCCCAAAACCAUGUCGAUCAUGCCAUUGCAGUAUUUCAGAAGCUUUAACUGCAGCAUCUUAUGGUGUUGGGGCACUUCUAGAUGCAGCAUGAGAACAGCACCUGCAAGAGGUGUUGUGGGAAGAGCUCAUUCUAACACUGACAGGCAGCCCUGUGUUUGUCCUCCCGCGAUCGAGCAAGCUUAUCAACAGACCUCGUUACAGAAAUCAUGUUUCGUGAAAACCAGCAAGUCUGCUGCCGCUACAGUGAGGAAAAUAAAAAGAUGCGGUUUCCUGUCUUAUUUAAGGAAAAAAAAAAAGGUUCUUCUUUUCAAUACUUUCAGGCAUUUUAAUGUUCCUCUCUUUUCCCUUAUCAUUGCUGUUCUUUUCCUUGGCACAGAGAUCUAUAACUAGCCUACAUUUUCAUCCUGUGCUACUGCUUGAUUGACCACCUGCCCCAUGCUCUAGCUUUCCUUAUUUAAAGAACCAAGAAGAUAAUUUCCUACUCCUCCUGUACCCUCACCUUUCUCAUCAGAGAAUAGCAGAGAGUAGGUAACGGCACUUGAGUUCAGCAUCGUCUUCAGUGAUUGAUUGUCUGCUGUCGGGAUGUCGCCUCUGCCCGGUUGGAUCCAUUCAUUCAGUACGGUUGUGCGGUCUCUCAUCUCACACCAUGAGCGCAAUGCAGGGCAGAACCAGGCAAGCGGACCUCUACACUUCGGUUUUAACCUCUGUGUGCUGCCAGCUGGGCUCAGGCUUCACCCUUUGGAAAGAUAACCACCAUCUGCUCCAAUCAUGUAGACUUCUUGGCAGCCUGGUUUCUCUGCUAAAAUAAAGUUACCGUAGACCCCA